AUGUGCGAAGGGGACACAGCAGAUCAACUCAUGGCGCGUAUGCGCGACGACGCACUGGAUCCGUACCUAGAUGCAACUGACAUAGUUCUGUCAGCUGGCGCAGAAGAUGCUACGUUUCCAAACCUUUCUAAGUUCAACCAACUCGCAAUGGAUGCCAAGAAGUCACGCACCGAAUGGAAGGAGGAGUUGUAUCACAAGUUGAAUUCUGAAAUAAAGCGCGCUAUGAUUCGUGAAGCCAACGAUUCAACUGUGUCAUACUCGGACUUUGUUAAGGAAUGUACAAUGGUAGUGAAUCGUCUUGAGCAGAUCGCUCGUGAAGAAAAGAGCGUGUCGAAGGAUUUCAAGGACGCGAAGGAUAAUAAGGAUUCCAAGCUAAAGGGCACUGACAGCGGGAAAGGCGCCGGCAAGGCACCGCGCGUUAACCUUAGCGACAAGGAGUUUGAGGAAUUAAAGGAAGCUCGGCUUUGCUUUAACUGCAAGCAACCAGGACAUGUUAACUUUAACUAUCCACUACGCAAAAAGAAUGCCACUGAGAUCAAAGAAGUGGAAGUCGCGGAGGACACAGUCGAAUUAGCAAAAGACAAGGCCUAGGAGAAGUCUCCAGCCUGGGCUAUAAGAGUGUCGACUGCUGGGCUUUAGAUUUAUCUAGACUAUUAGGAAAUGACAAGGAAAGUUUUACAA